AUGGAUUGGUUCGAUGAACUGCAACAGUUGCUUAAUGCUGCCGCAUCCAUAACUUAUCAACCAAUGCAGCAGGAAUACGUGGAUAGCUCAUCAUUGUAUGGAGAUGUUCUGAUAAACUCUCAACAAUAUUAUCAACUAUCGCUCAACCCUUCACAAUUGCCUACUAAUGUGUAUGUGUUUACCUCUGGUGAUCUGCCAACGUAUCCUAUUUUGCAAUCAACAAACGAACAACAAAUGGCGGCAUAUAUAGAUAAUUCGAUUCAGCAACAGAACGACACUCUGUCUACUAGGCAAAACCUGCUUACGCAUCGGCAACAACGGUGGUUGUCGCAGCACCCGUAUUCGAGACAGCGUGAAGUACAAACACCAAACAAAUUUUUUACGCCGCCGAUGCAAUCUGAACAUCAAUUGGACAGACAAAACUCGGUUCAAAACAUGCUUGGUGUUUUUCCAAUCGAGCAAUCAGAAUCGGAGUAUGUUCAAUCACAGGUCUAUCCACCAACGGGUAAUCCAAGUAUGUCUCAGUCACAAGGAGACAUUCACCAAGUUUCUCAACCACAAAACAACUUUCAUCAAUUAGGAAACGGGUUUCCAGAUAAACCUUCCCAGAUGGAAACUGAUGAGCGAUCUUUGCAAUCUCAAAAAUUAGAAUAG